GGCCCAGCGCAGCCCCGGCACGGGGAGCGCCGGCCGGGCGAGGGCGCGGGCGAUGCCGCGGUGACGGCCCCGCCAUGGCGAAGCCCCCGGCGGCAGCGACAGCGGCGGCGGCGUCGGAGGAGCUGAGCCAGGUGCCGGACGAGGAGCUGCUGCGCUGGAGCAAGGAGGAGCUGGCGCGGAGACUGCGGCGCGCGGAGGGCGAGAAGGUGGGCCUCAUGCUGGAGCACGGCGGCCUGAUGCGCGACGUGAACCGGAGGCUGCAGCAGCACUUGCUCGAGAUCCGCGGCCUCAAGGACGUGAACCAGCGGCUGCAGGACGACAACCAGGAGCUGCGCGAGCUGUGCUGCUUCCUCGACGACGACCGGCAGAAGGGGCGCAAGCUGGCGCGCGAGUGGCAGCGCUUCGGGCGCCACGCGGCCGGCGCCGUGUGGCACGAGGUGGCCCGCUCGCAGCAGAAGCUGCGCGAGCUCGAGGCGCGCCAGGAGGCCCUGCUGCGCGAGAACCUGGAGCUCAAGGAACUGGUGCUGCUGCUGGACGAGGAGCGCGCGGCGCUGGCGGGGGGCGCGGGCGGCGCGGGCGGCGGCGGCGGCGGCGGCGCCGGCUCCCGCAGCUCCAUCGACAGCCAGGCCAGCCUGAGCGGGCCGCUGCCCGGCGGCGCGGCGGGCGCGGGUACCCGGGACGUGGGCGACGGCAGCAGCACGUCGAGCGCGGGCAGCGGUGGCAGCCCCGACCAUCACCACCACGUCCCGCCGCCGCUGCUGCCUCCCGGGCCGCCCAAGGCCCCCGACGGCAAGGCGGUCGCCACGCGCCGGUCCCUGGACGACCUUUCGGCGCCGCCGCCGCACCACCGAAGCAUCCCCAACGGCCUGCACGAUCCCUCGUCCACCUACAUGCGGCAACUGGAGACCAAGGUGAAGCUGCUGGAGGGUGACAAGCUCCUGGCGCAGCAGGCAGGCCCUGGGGAGUUCAGGACGCUGCGGAAAGGCUUCUCCCCGUACCACUCAGAGUCCCAGCUCUCUAGCCUGCCGCCCUCCUACCAGGACUCCCUGCAGAACGGCCCAGCCUGCCCGGCUCCCGAGCUGCCUUCGCCCCCCUCCAGUGGCUACAGCUCUGCGGGGCAGAAGCCCGAGGCCGUGGUGCAUGCGAUGAAGGUCCUGGAGGUGCAUGAAAACCUCGACCGGCCGCUGCAGGACAGCUGUGAGGAGGACCUCAGUGAGAAGGAGAAGGCCAUCGUCCGCGAGAUGUGCAACGUGGUCUGGAGGAAGCUAGGAGAUGCCGCCAGCUCCAAGCCCUCCAUCCGGCAGCAUCUCUCUGGGAACCAGUUCAAAGGGCCUUUGUAGGGCCGCUCCCCUGCGGACGUGGACUUGGCCCUGGUGCCGAGCCGCCGGCUCCUCUCUCCGUGGUGAACUGUACAUAGGACGCUGCCUGUCGCGGCCCCCUCCCGCCUCUCAGACACCAGCACAGCGGGGAGACGGUUCCCCAGCAGAGCGGCCUGGACAGCUUCCUUCCUGCUCCGGGGCUGAGGAGUGCUGAGAUGCCCAGCCCCAGCAGAGGGGCACCCCUGGCUGCCGCCUGCCUGGGACAGUGGCUGCCAGCUGCCAGACUGCCCCAUGGGGCUCCGCUUCUGAGCCGCUGGCUGGGGCCUGAACGCCGGCUCCCCGAGCAGAGUCCCUGGCUCUCAGAUGAGGGGCGCUCUGCCGUGGCCCCUCCUCGGGCUCCCAGGCCUGGCGCCUCCCUGAUGCCAGCUGAUGCCAGCCACUGCUUGUUUUUAGAUUCCACACCCCCACCCUUGGCCACACACCCUCUGCCAUGUUCCCUCGCCUUGUGCCAGGUGGUGCCCCAUCUUUCUGGGUCCCUCAUGUCCAGGGGCGCGAGGCACUUCCGGGUCUGUGCUCCACACGACGGGCCGGGCCUGUCUCUGCACGGGUGGCACCAGGCCGCGGCUGGGCCUCUGCUCAGGAAUGGUGCCCCCGCGCCCGGCCCCCUCCUGGGUGACUGUGCACGGAGCUGCAUGGCUUCAGGUGAAGGGGUUCUGCUCUCCUUGUGAGGGGCCCCCCUGGGCUCUGGCUUUCAUUUUCCUGUGUGACCUUCAGCAAGUCACUCAGCAUCUCUGGGCCCCUGGUGGGGAAAAAAGGACGCAGAGGAUCAGGGCCAGCAACUCAGGCACAGCGCAGGGACCAGUGGGGACCCUCCUGCUGGAGGGGUGGCUGGCGGGGGGGAGGUGUUGCGAGGGAGUCCCGCUGCCUUGCCCCCUUCUCAGUGGGUGGCCACCUCCACUUCUGAGCUUCAGUGUCCUCUCCUGUUGAGGCCGCAGCCUAAGGCCAUCCUUGCAGGGCUCUGGGGAUCAAAUAAGACCUUCGGUGUAAAAUGGCCAUGUAUAAAACUGUAAAGCGAGACAUGUAAAUGUUAAAAUUUAUGUGGGAGGGGAGUGAGGCCCAGAGGCCUCGCUUUCCAGUUCCUCCAGCACUGCUGACCCCUGUGCCUCAGCGGUACCGAGAGCUCGGGAGGUCCGAGAGGCUGUCUUGGCCUUGUCCAGGCUCAAGUGAGGGGCGGGGACCAGGCGAAGGGAUGGGCGAGGCUGCCCUGGGUCUCCCCUUCGGCGCGGACUCAAGAGCCGUCCCCACUGCCUGUCUGCCGUCGGCACCCUUGGGUGGACAGUCCCCAGGGAGAGGCCUGCAUCCGGGGAGUGCUGAGUGGGCGCUGCUGAUGGCAUCAGGCGUGGUCCUGAUGCCCCGGGUCAUACAGAAAGCUGUGGGCGCCCUGGGAGGAGCUGGGCCUUAGGCCAAGUGGUGAGCUCCCAGUCUCUAGGGGUGUGCACUUGGAGCUGGGUGAUUCCUCCCCAGGUGGGCAGCGAGCUGGAGGGCAGAGGCUCCCCCUGCUCCCCAGGUCCUGGGUCUCCUGGGUGGGAGUCACAGCUGAGGACCCCGUGUGUCAUGUUUGGGUCAGGUUGGCUUGGCCACCAAUGAAAAUAAGCAAUAAGUCAGGGGUCCUGGUACCCACUGGUCUCCUGCAAACUGACCUGGGGAAUGGGCCUCAAAGGGACCUUUGCCCGGUGGAGGGAGGUGGCCCUGCCCCCUAAUGCUGCGAUGGUGUCCAGGGGGCGGGGCAGGCGUUUCCAGCUGGUGCUGAGGCCUCCCUCCUGCCGCCUGCCUGUGUCCGGAGCCAGCGCUGCCUGGGAACAGCUUUCUAGAACAGCUGUACCUGGGAUACCAUCUCAUUCACAGAAGCUGUUGGAAAGCCUGCAGCGCCUCUGACCGGUCUGUGCCAGGCCAGGGACUGUGGCUGCAGCAGGAACCCACUGCUGGGAGGAUCCGGGGGGCCAGGUCAGGGGAGUUCCAGCUCUGCUGCUAAGCAGGGAGUGCGCACAGGGUGACCGUGGUGCCCCUCCUCCCGUGCGGAGCCUUAGCGCUGAAGCUCGAGGGCGGGGGUGUCGCUGAACCUGGUGUCCUUUCUUGAAGGUCCGUUUCAGAUACUCUUUGCUGCCGGAGCCCCAUGGGACCCCUGUGCUGUGGCUUUCAUCCCCACUGUGAUGGAUGUCACCCUUCCAGCCUCAUCCCAGGUGGCCAGGCCCAUCCUGGAAUCAGAAUCCACUGAGCACAUUUUUAUCCAAAAGUUAUUAGCCACACAUCAGUGUUUGAAAGAGAAAAGUGACCUUUCAUUUUUUUUUUCUUUCUUGAAAACUUGAGAGGAAACCAUGCAUACUACUGACUUUUUUUUUUUUUAAAGAAACAAAGGAAAUGCAUGACUGCAGAGCGGUAGAGGUGUAUAUUUUUCAUAACGUGGGGGAAGUAUUUGUGCUGCUCUCUGGGAACGGGCGCGUGCCUGGCUCCCGUCCCCGGGCCAGCAGCCACGCUCUGUCUUCCAUGGGACGUGAUGGCUGGAGCACGGGCCGACCCCACCCCAGCUCCGGGCAGCGCCGGUAGCCCUGGACUCCUGUGCCCGUUUCUACCUUCUAUUGAACCACUUUGAUUUGGGGAGAGAAAAAGAAAUAGAACUUUUUGAUAGUGUGGUAAAAACAUUGAUUUGAACUAUUUUAGUAAAAGGAGUUAACAGAGAAGAUUGUGAUAGUGUAUACUUUGCGCUAGAUAAAUAAAGGCUCGUUGCAAGCCUC